GUGAAAGGGGAUGAAUGAAGUCAAAGUGGGCAAAGGGGGAGGCGGUCAGAACGUGUAGUAGCAGCUGGCUGCCGGUGGCUAAAAAGAUACGCGUCGGAUGCUGAUGAAGCACAUGGAUCAGAUUCUCGAAACUUAAUCACUACAAUUAUCAUCACAUUUUCUUUUUUUAUUUGAAACUUUGGAAAUCAAAUCAUUUGCAGACUGUUGUGAACACGGAAGGCUAGAUUUCCCUGUUGAUGGAAAUGCCACAAAAUUCGAGGGGAGAAAACACCUUCAUUUCAACCCAGCCAUUUGUCUUUACCAGUGUCCCCACUCCAAUUGAGAAUGGAUCUGGCACAAAAGAGCUAUGUCACACACCCUUGAGCAAUGGCACUUUACUUUCCAAUGCAAACAGCCCUUUAGACUCUUGCAUCCAGCCCCUCUGCAAUGCCACAUCAGGGAAAUCUAGUCCUUGCAGUGAAGAAGUCAAGUAUGUGUCUGCGGACAGAGAAAACAUUGCCUGUGGCUGGGGGGCUUUCGCUCCUGACUGUUUACAGUUUUUCAAUACACCCAAAGGAAUCCUCUUUUUCCUCUGUAUGGCCUCCUUUCUGCAGGGGAUGACAGUGAAUGGCUUCAUCAACACAGUCAUCACCUCCAUAGAACGUCGCUAUGAUCUCCACAGUUACCAGAGUGGGCUUAUUGCUAGUUCCUAUGACAUAGCGGCUUGUGCCUGCCUGACCUUUGUCAGCUACUUUGGAGGCACUGGACACAAACCCAGGUGGCUUGGGUGGGGGGUUUUGGUAAUGGGCCUUGGCUCCAUUGUGUUUGCUUUGCCUCAGUUUACCACUGGUCAUUAUGAAGUAAACUUCUCAGAAGAGUUUGGAAUAUGUGGCUCAAAUCAAAAUGUAUCCUGUACAGAAAGGUCCUCAGGCCUGUCCAACUACAGAUUUGUCUUUAUGCUUGGGCAAUUCCUUCAUGGGAUUGGUGCAACACCACUGUACACUCUGGGAGUGACCUAUCUAGAUGAAAAUGUCAAGUCAAACUACUCUCCAGUCUAUAUUGCAAUUUUUUAUACAGCUGCAAUUCUUGGUCCUGCAGCAGGUUAUCUGAUUGGAGGAGCACUGCUGAACAUUUACACAGAAAUUGGCAGAACGACUGAACUAACUACCGAAAACCCUCUGUGGGUUGGAGCCUGGUGGAUUGGGUUCCUGGGGGCUGGAGCAUCUGCCUUCCUCAUCUCUAUUCCCAUCCUUGGCUAUCCUCGUCAACUGCCAGGAUCACAGCGCUAUGUGGUAAUGAGGGUAUCUGAAACUCAUCAGUUAAAGGAUGGGAGCCAUAAGACAGCAUCUAAUCCAGACUUUGGGAAAACGGUCAAAGAUCUGCCUCUCUCAAUCUGGCUGCUCCUGCAGAACCCCACGUUCAUCCUCCUCUGCUUAGCUGGGGCAACAGAGGCUACCCUCAUUGCUGGCAUGUCAACUUUUGGACCCAAGUUCCUUGAAUCACAGUUCAGUUUGAGUGCUUCUGAAGCUGCUACCUUAUUCGGUUACCUGGUGGUGCCAGCAGGAGGAGGAGGUACGUUCCUGGGUGGAUUCUUCGUGAACAAAUUUAAGCUCCGCUGCUCAGGGAUUAUCAAGUUCUGCCUUUUUUGCACAGUGACAAGCCUUUUAGCCACAUGCAUAUUUUUCAUGCACUGUCCAAACAUGCCUGUGGCCGGAGUGACAUUUAAAUAUAAUGAGAGUGACUUGCCAGAAGGCACUCUACAACUGUUGGCUUCCUGCAAUGAGAACUGUGGGUGUCUGAGGGAGAUCUACAGUCCUGUGUGUGGUUCAGACAAUGUGACAUACUAUUCUCCCUGCCAUGCUGGGUGCUCUACAGUGUCUAGAUCUCCAGAAGGGGGCAAGAAGGUUUACCAUGACUGUAACUGUGCUCGUCAGCAUUCCCACUCUGGUUUGAGUCAUGCUACAGCAGGGAAAUGUACUUCAUCUUGUGAGACAAAGUCCCUUCUUCUGGUUUUCAUAUUCAUUGUAAUUUUAUUUACAUUCCUAAGCAGCAUUCCUGCUUUAACUGCAACUUUACGGUGUGUCUCUGACCGGCAGAGAUCCUUUGCACUAGGAAUUCAGUGGAUUGUAGUUCGCACUCUAGGUGGAAUUCCUGGCCCAAUUGCCUUUGGCUGGGUGAUUGACAAAGCUUGCUUACUCUGGCAGGACCAAUGUGGAGAUCAGGGAUCCUGCUAUAUUUAUCAAAAUUCUGCCAUGAGCCACUACACCCUCAUUGCUGGAAUUGUUUACAAGGUGCUUGGGAUCAUUUUUUUUGGCUCAGCCUGUUUGCUGUAUAAGCCACCAAGAGGGUCCCCAGACUCCCCAGCAGCCUCCCCUCCCAGCAGUUCAAGUGCUUCUGAAAACAUCACUGACCUCCAAGAGCAGGGCUCUGUCCUACAGACCCAGGAUAGUGUCUAGACAUCACGCUGUAUCACAUCGGACCCCAUAUUGCACUGUAUUGCUGAAGUCCCCAUUUAAUUUCAUCACUUACAUUACAACUGUACCCAAUGGCUUCAAUUUUUAUCAGAAGGGCUAACUAUACAUUUAUUUGUUAUUAAUAGAACUGACAGAACAUUCUCAUGUGAUCCACUCCAUCUUGACCUUUUAAAAAGCACAUAUUGGAUUUUGUGUUUGAGAGUAACCAGAGGACUUGAGACAGCCUGAUGGAUUAAGUUUUGAUUUCCUCAGUGAAGAAAAGUAGACACGUUCUAGUCACAUUCAGACACUGGUCCUGGACAUAGGAGAAAAGCAUGGAGUUUUUCUGUCCUGUCCCGUUCUCCUCAUAAGUAAAGGUGGCAGCAGAAAAAAGAGAUUAAACAGAGGAGACAGGAAGGAAACAACCUCCUAGAUUUUACUGGAAGGCAGGAGGGGCCUGUCUGAAUCCACCACUACAUCACCAUGCAGGACUUCCUGGUUGCUAGUCAGUGUGUGUCAUAAAUGGACUUCUAUUUGACCUGCGGAGCUGAGGGCUCAGCCACAUCAGCACCAGGUCUGUCAGAGCACACCUUGGUCGUCCUGAUGUUCUGUCACUGCCAAAGCCUCUGAUCCGUACCUUUUCCUGAACUCCUUUGGUUCCUUAACUGUGGUUUCUAUUUAGUGUACUUUAUUUGACACAGGUGGUCUUGAAAGACAUCUAAGGAUCCACUUGAAUGCAUUGAAAGCUUUAAAAAAAUAUAAGACACAAAACAAGGAUCUAUGCAAUUUUAGAUUAGCUUUUUAAAAAAAGCUAUCAAAUGGCUAAGUUUGUCUGAGAGUAUCUGUGUAUUUUGGAAUUUGUUGGAGUAUUUUUUUUUGGAGGGAAGGGGGAAAUUAGUUUAAUGGUUUCCUCCGAGGCUUCCUGGUAUGUGAACUUUUAAAAAAAAUUGUGCUGUAUUUUUUAUUGAAUGUUAUUGAUGAAUGUUAAAAUUAUUAUUCUUUCUUGGAGAAAACUACUGAUGAGCUAUCUAUCUAGUAAGAAGAUAGAGCCAAACCUUGCUUUCUUUUUCUUUCUGAGCCUCAGAUUGCACACAUAAGCACAAUUUGUAUUUAUUUGGAAAGAUGUUGCCCAUCGGACUUCAAACCUAAGUGUGAGAAAGGAAACUUUUCUACUUGUAAUUAGACCCUCUGAAGGCCUUUUUGAAAGUCAGACUAUUGAAUCAGAUAACCUUCUAUCAUGACCUUGGUUGUCUUCAUAGAUUGCCUGUCCUUUGGUUUUAUAUUUUGUGAUCUGACAAAGAAAAGUAUAAGAACAUUUAAACUGUAGUACCAUGAAAAAAUGAUUUUCCUUUGAAUAUCCUUUUUUCCCCUUUUUGCUAGCUAUUACAAUGAGAACUGUUCUGUAACCACAUUGCACCCACUUAAGCACUUGCUGGGGCUCCCCAUGUUCAUUGGCCAUUUAAAAUCUGAAGUCACUUUUUGACUGGACCUUUGAGAUGGGGGUCAUUCACACAGAUAAAAUGGAACUUGUUUUAAAUAAAUAUUUAUGAAACUGCAGCUUUUAGGCCUAAUAAUUAGUAUAUUGAAUAUCUGAUUCAACUAGAUGCACAGAUGUGAAGCUUGUGAUAUGUGCUAGUAUGAAAUCAGGAACUUAAACUUUAAAAAAAAUUGUAUAUAUUUACUAUGUCCUAGUGAAAUUGUAUAUAUGUACAUAUACUGUAUUUUUAAUAUUUAAAAAUUGCCACAUCCCCCGUAACAAAGGCUUAUAUUUCUAUGAAUUCUAAAUCAAAUAGUUUUUAAUAAAGUCUUUGUAUAAACUUUAUUAGCUCUAAACUUGGUUAAAGGGCAAAGAGCACUUCUAACUUCAUGGGCAUCUCAUUGAAAAUGCCAAAUGACAUCUUAGUCUUUUUUGUUUCCCUGUGGUCCUCUGAAUGACAUUUUGCUUGCCUGAGGUCUGGUGAGUCCUAGGGACAUAAGGCCUUUGGGGUCAAGGGUAAAUGUGCUUCUGAUCAUAGCACAAAUACUUCCUGCUGGAUUAGGACCAGGCAGCAUAAUUGAAUGAAGUUACUAUGUUUAGGAAAGCCUGGACAAUAGUUGUCAGCCAUUUCCCUUCCUGAUAGACCUGGUAUUAGAGCUCUCUCUCUCUCUCUCUCUCUCUCUCUCUCUCUCUCUCUCUCUCUCUCUCUCUCUCUCUCUCUCUCUCUCUCUCUCUGUUUGUGUUUUGGGGAGAAAUAAACAAGCUAUACCCACUUCCAGCUUUAAAGGUAGUGUGUCAGUGUGACUCAAAAUCUACUGUGAGGGUGGGUGACAAGGUUAAAUUUAUUGACCCAUUCCCAGGAUGCAGUCUGCCAUGUCUCGGGAGUCCUGUAUGUCUGAUCAUGGAAUAUAUGUAAUUUCUAUUUAUGGAAGGAUGUUUUCAUGGAGAAGAAGUCAUGGAGCUUGGGGCUAUUUUCUCAGCAGUUAUUAACAUAUUGAGCUUUGAUACCUGUGAGAACAAAAAAGGUAGGGGCGGAAGGUGGAACAAUAACCUGAAACUCCUACUACAAAGGGCUUUGUCCUAAAGGGGCAUUUCCAUUGAGCACCUCUAGCUGCUGUCUGACUUUCCACUCUUUGAUAUCCUGAUCUGAAUUUUUGGAGGAGAAAUGAUCCUUUGGAAUUAGACUAAUGGGCCAGGGAUCAGAGGAGGGAAGAAGGAAGAAGGGUGUUAAUGCCAAGUUCACAAUAAACUUUUGAACCUGAAACAAAACCAUUGGAAUGGCAGAAGUCUGGAACCAGGAGCUUUGCAGAGAUCAGGACAUUGCACUUCCACUUGACCAUUCUUACAAGAUUGAGAGAAAAAUAAUAUGGAUGCUUUGAUGCACAGAAAUGUAAAUUUUUAAUAUUGACCCUAGAGAGCCAAUCCAAAUGUCUUGGUUAACUUGAUUUCGUAGCAGUCAAAUGUAUGAAAGUUCAUUUGUUUGUUUGUUUGAAUAAGCACAACCUUACAAAAUUGCUUUUUAGAGAAAGAAGAGCUCAUGGUAAAUCAGGGAGCACAAACUAAUAGUGUUUGAAGAAUUGCUUCCAUGGCUUCUCCAUAUAAAUGUCUGGUGUUCCCCAACCCACAACUAUGAACUUAUCAUCCUGAGACUGGAAUCACCAGGCUUUAGAGCUAUCAAUUCUUUCUUCAUGGCAGUCAGAGAGCAUGUUGACCGAUUUUCAUGCCCUCUCAGCUCCUGGACUGGGACUGGAUCUGAGUACUUGAAAAGUAUUAAAGGCAAAUGUCUUUAAAGCAGCGAUGUGUUUCUGUCCAUUGUGGUAAAAUAAAGUACAAAAAUUAAAUCUC